GCCGCAGAUGAUGGAAGGGAACGGAAACGGCCAUGAACACUGCAGCGAUUGCGAGAACGAGGAGGACAACAGCUACAACCGGGGGUUAAAUCAAAUGGCUCUGAGAUUCCUUCUGGCCCUGGAGGCUUAGCUCACGCGUCCCCAUGAUAAAAGCUUUCAGUUUCGAGGAAUGCACAUUUGAGUGGAUUUUGUCAUCUCUUAAGAUUGAGAGGAGGCCCAUGUUAUGCACCCUUGGUAUUGUCUGGAAGUUCUCUGCUCCUUCUGUUCAUCUGUCCGCUUGCUCCUCCCUCCCACCCACCUACACACCCGGCACUUUAUUCUAUUUCUGGAAUGGUUUGAGUCCAGCCAAUGACACUGGAGCCAAAAAGAAGAAAAAGAAACAAAAGAAGAAGAAAGAAAAAGGCAGUGAGACAGAUUCAACCCAGGAUCAGCCUGUGAAGAUGAACUCUUUGCCAGCAGAGAGGAUCCAGGAAAUACAGAAGGCCAUUGAACUAUUCUCAGUGGGUCAAGGACCUGCCAAAACCAUGGAGGAGGCUAGCAAGCGAAGCUACCAGUUUUGGGAUACACAGCCUGUCCCUAAAUUAGGUGAAGUGGUGAACACCCAUGGUCCUGUGGAACCUGACAAAGACAACAUCCGCCAGGAGCCCUAUACCUUGCCCCAGGGCUUCACCUGGGAUGCCUUGGACCUGGGGGACCGUGGUGUGCUGAAAGAACUAUAUACUCUACUGAAUGAGAACUAUGUGGAAGAUGAUGACAACAUGUUCCGAUUUGAUUAUUCCCCAGAGUUUCUUUUGUGGGCUCUACGGCCACCUGGCUGGCUCCCCCAGUGGCACUGCGGGGUUCGAGUGGUCUCAAGUCGGAAACUGGUUGGGUUCAUUAGCGCCAUCCCAGCAAACAUCCACAUCUAUGACACAGAGAAGAAGAUGGUGGAGAUCAACUUCCUGUGUGUCCACAAGAAGCUGCGCUCCAAGAGGGUGGCUCCAGUCCUGAUCCGAGAGAUAACCCGGCGGGUUCACCUAGAAGGCAUUUUCCAAGCUGUUUAUACUGCCGGGGUAGUGUUGCCAAAGCCUGUUGGCACCUGCAGGUACUGGCAUCGGUCCCUAAACCCACGGAAGCUGAUUGAAGUGAAGUUUUCCCACCUGAGCAGAAAUAUGACCAUGCAGCGCACCAUGAAGCUCUACCGACUGCCAGAGACUCCCAAGACAGCUGGGCUGCGACCAAUGGAAAAAAAGGACAUUCCAGUAGUGCACCAGCUCCUCACAAGGUACUUGAAGCAGUUUCACCUCACGCCAGUCAUGAGUCAGGAGGAGGUGGAGCACUGGUUCUACCCCCAGGAGAAUAUCAUUGACACUUUCGUGGUGGAGAAUGCAAAUGGCGAGGUGACAGAUUUCCUGAGUUUUUAUACACUUCCCUCCACCAUCAUGAACCAUCCAACCCACAAGAGUCUAAAAGCUGCAUAUUCCUUCUACAACGUCCACACCCAGACCCCUCUUCUAGACCUCAUGAGUGAUGCCCUUGUUCUAGCCAAAAUGAAAGGGUUCGACGUGUUCAAUGCACUGGAUCUCAUGGAGAAUAAAACGUUCCUGGAGAAACUCAAGUUUGGCAUAGGGGAUGGCAACCUGCAGUAUUAUCUCUACAAUUGGAAGUGCCCCAGCAUGGGGGCCGAGAAGGUCGGGCUGGUGUUACAGUAACCAGUCGCCAGUGAGAUUCUGGAUAAAGCCACUGAGAAUUCAAACCAGGAAAUGGAACCCUACCACUUGUUGGUCUAAUUUUCACAAACGUGAGAAUCCCUGGCAAAGGGAACAGAACUGAACCGGCUUUACGAAACCGCCAGUGAACUUGACAAUUGUAUUGCAAUGGCGUAGGCUGCGUGAAGUCACUUCUGGCCGUGUCUCUGGUCUCCCUGUUUUCCACUUAAUCACAUCCUCAUGCAGCCGUGAUCAAGGGAAUGUAACUGCUGAAAACUAGCUUGCGAUUGGCAUAUUAUGGAGUUAACGGGUGAAUAAUAAAAGUAUAUAUAUAUUAUA